CGUGACCGGAAGCGGCGGCGGCGGCAUGGCGGCGGAGGGCGAUGUGGAGCUGGAGCUGGAGACGGAGCCGAAUGGCUCCGGCGGCGGCAGCGAUGGGGCGGGCGGUCGGGCGGCCGAAAAGCCGCGGAAGCACGAUAGCGGCGCGGCGGACCUGGAGCGCGUCACGGACUACGCGGAGGAGAAGGAGAUCCAGAGCUCCAACCUGGAGACGGCUAUGUCGGUGAUCGGAGACCGGAGGUCCCGGGAGCAGAAAGCCAAGCAGGAGAGGGAGAAAGAACUGGCAAAAGUGACCAUCAAGAAGGAGGAUCUAGAGCUGAUUAUGACGGAGAUGGAAAUAUCACGGGCUGCAGCAGAGCGCAGCCUGCGCGAGCACAUGGGCAACGUGGUGGAGGCUCUUAUCACCCUCACCAACUGAGCUGGGAGGCCACGGGCUGCCAGGCAUGGGGCUCUUGCCAUACCAAUAAAGGCACUGGUGGGACUGGG